GAGAGGUUUAUCAGGGAUGGGAGGGACUUUUUCCGACGUGAAAGGUGGCAAGCAGGCCGUUGAGCUCUUUAACUGCUACCGUGGGGUUUAUCCUCUCUACACUUCGCUCGAGUGUUUUGAUGGAGUGAGGACAGUUGAUCAGUUCAAAGCACUGCAAAGAUAUCUGAAAGCCGACAAUAAUGCCAAUCGCUACUGUGGUAUUUGUGGAGGUACUCUCUUGCAAUGUGCCGUCCGAAACAGGCAAGUGGAUGUUGUUCGUCUACUUCUUUCUAGUGGAGCUGAUAUCUUCAAGACUAAUGAUGGACAUCUUCCUCUCGACAUUGCUAAGGAAGAAGGGUACCACACAAUUGUCCGUUUAUUUGAGGAUCAUCUCUUUGCUGAAAAUGAAAACCGGCGGUUGGUUAUGGCGAAUAGAGCUUCGCUGGACCUUGCAUAUUUGCCCAGCAGUUCGUUUUCUUCCAAGCCAAGUCAUGCUGCAGAUUCACAUCUACUGCCAUCUGCUCCACCACUACCACCACAGCUAGUGGUGUUGGAGGAAGUAUCAAACUUCCAUGAGGCAUCUUCCAGAUUGAGCAGAAGCUCUAGCUAUAUUCCAGAAUGGUCAGAUUACUGGGGCAGACCAACUCCAGAUGCACCUAACAGUUUUACUUCUUCUGUGCCAAGUCAUGGUGAAGGUUCACAGCCACUACCAUCUCCACCACUAACUGUUCCACCACUAGCAGCACUUCCUGAAGAAGUAGACACCAAUGAUGAGGAAGAAGAGCGUCAAGUGGCUAUGGCAAUUAUGGUCUCUUUGGAGCCUGAUUUGCAAGAAGGAAUCAUCCCACAAUGGUCAUUUUGGCUGGAUGAACCAAUUGGAGAGGCAUCUAGCAGUUCUACACCUUUGCAACGAGGUCAAGCUACAGGUUCACAGUCACUGUCAUCUGCUCAACAAAUUCCAAAUGAUUCCAGUAGCAGUCGAGAAUGCAAGUACUGUUAUGAUGCUCCAAUCGAAGCAGCUUGUGAUCCCUGCGGGCAUGAUGCUUGCUUCAAGCUACAGGUUCCACUACCAUCUCCACCACUAACUGUUCCACCACUAGCAGCACUUCCUGAAGAAGAAGACACCAAUGAUGAGGAAGAAGAGCGUCAAGUGGGUAUGGCAAUUAUGGUCUCUUUGGAGCCUGAUUUGCAAGAAGGAAUCAUCCCACAAUGGUCAUUUUGGCUGGAUGAACCAAUUGGAGAGGCACCUAGCAGUUCUACACCUUUGCAACGAGGUCAAGCUACAGGUUCACAGUCACUGUCAUCUGCUCAACAACAUUCCGGUAGCAGUCGAGAAUGCGAGUACUGUUAUGAUGCUCCGAUCGAAGCAGCUUGUGAUCCCUGUGGACAUGUUGCUUGCUUCAACUGCUGGCUAAAGAUUCAGGACUCUGCAAACAAGUGCCCUCUUUGUCGAGUAGAGAUCAAGAAGAUUAUCAAGCUUUAUAUGUAA